GCCUGUCAGGGGGGUGGGACAUAUGAUUCUCCUCCUAGCAACAAGACUCUUCCACUGAUCCACUAUCUGCUGGAUAAUGGGGCUGACCCUCAAAAGGGUUCCUGGAGAGAUUGUGGCGCACUCUGCACAGCACUAGAGUUCUCACGGCCAUUGGAGAUCUUGGACAAGAUGAUUGACAAAGGGGCGACAGUGGAUGAUUUUGUCUUCUCUGAGGCAGUCAGGAGUCGGCGGAUUGAUGCUGUGGAGUUGUUUUUUGAGAAGGCAACACUCCAUUGCUCUACAAAAAAGAUGCUUCAUGAGGCACGAAAGACAAAAGACAGGGAGAUUAAGUCUCUAGUGAAGGCUGGAGUUGCAAAAAGGACGGACCAGCCCAAAUGGUGGCAGAUUUGGAAAUAA